GCGUCUCUAUGAGAUUGUCUUGGAUGUUUAUGGUAGUUGGUAUAUUGACAUAGUUCACUGCAUGUGUAUGUGUGUUGGCGAAAGUUUGACAAACCCUGUCUGGGUGAUUGGCACCAAUCAGAACACACCCGUACACAAAAAAAUGGCGACCGCACGAAGUACUUAGUGAAAGUGGAUACACAGUACAGUGACUGUAAUUAGAGAGUACUUUUAUAUUUCAAAAUGGCGGAUAGAACCAGCAGACGUCGCCCGGUGACUAGGGAUGUUUUCGACCAGUAUAAAAGACGUCUCAGUGGUAAAGAUGUAGAACAUCGCAUUUCAACGGAUGGAAUCAGACCCGAUACUGGUGUCUGGGUUCGUGACACAACACACGAUAUCGACCACCCCAUCAGGAGAUCGGCCUCACCUUCCAGGACUCCACGGUUGUCAGUGCCAGAAAUCUACGUACGCAACGGAACUCCGGAAACUAACAAAUACUCAAAAUACACGCCCGAAUCCAGCCCGGAAACUAACGAACACUCCAAAUACAAACCCAAGUCCAUUCCUGAAACGAAAGAACAAUCAAAAUACACAUCCGAAUCCAGUCCGGAAACUAACGAACACUCAAAAUACAAACCCGAAUCCAAUCCGGAAACUAACGAACACUCAAAAAACACACACGAUAAAAGUAAAAGUGACGAAGAGAAACUCUCGCCUGGUGUAAGAAGGGAUCAUACGUUUAAAGUAGAACACAAGCAAGAGAAUACAUUCGAUGAUAAGGCAUCUAGUUCUGGCUCAGACAAAUCAAAGCUGCGGAGAAACGAUGACCAUUGGCCAACGGAACACACAGCAACAUAUAAGCCAGAUCAUAACACUAAAUAUGAGAAACAUAAGCCAGAAGAGGACAUCAUUGUAACAGAGCAGAAACCAAGCGAAGAUGUUUACACUCCAGCGUACGCGAAAUAUAGGACAAUGGACGAUAAAUACAAACUAGAAAAAACCAAACACAAGCCCAUAGACAAUACAAACAAAACUCAGACCGAAGCUGAGAAACAGGAGGAUGGAUAUAGUUCAGGUCACUCCAAAGAUAAGCCCAAAGAUCGCGGUCCAACACCAGACCACGAGGAGGACACUGUUAAACAAAGAGAUGAGGAAAAACAAAGAGGCAGUGGCGCAGACCAUCAGAACAAAGAGAAGUCUGAGACAGCGAAAGAUUUUCAGGAUGACAGUAAAAGCUUUACACAAUCAAAAUCGAAGCGUCCACUUACCAGUCAACAUAAACUGGACUCUUCCACGUUUGGACCUUAUUCCUAUAUGAAAAGUACAAGCCACAACAGAGAUAAUGGAACAGAUGAGGACGUACUUUCAUCAUCGUCCGGUCCGGGUUCUGAGGACAGAGAGACGCCUAGCCCAGUCUUCAAAAAUAAGGCUCCCCCAGCGAGACCGAUCAGCUCCAGCCGCCCAGCUUCGCACCCCAUUCGCGGAUUAAGUCCCCCAAGGGCACCAUCAGCCGUAUUGAAAGAACAGAUGAAACGAACUAAUGAAAGCGAUACUGAGAGUGCAGUCGGAGACCUACCACCAAAACGUACACCUUUAUCACGAAGAGCUCGAGAGAAGGAGCUAGGGGUCAGGAAAGGAUCGACCCCAAGAUGGGAUUCCGCCUCCAAAGAAUCAGACGAAAAUAAAUAUAUCAGAAAUUCGAGUUCCAAGGACCAUAGAACCGCUGCUCCAAAGAGAGUGACUUCUCGCGUAGAGAAGGCCACAAACCGGUUCAACCGUUCUCGCUUGACCAAGUCACGCACGCUGUCCAUCUCUUACAACCACAGCGACAUCGUGGACGAUGACCUGUUGAUUUCGGCCUCCAAGCUGGACAACACGCUGCUCCGCCUGUUCUCCAACACCAGAGACACGAAGACCUCCAAGAAGACUGGCUCUGACGAAGAGGAUGGGCUGAUACCAUACUUGAACUAUUCCGAGUCGGACCUGAUCAGCAUGGAGCCGGUCCGGUGGAGGGUGUUCCCCAUGGAGGCGGCGCAUAAGGAGACCCUGGAGCAGGAGCUCCCUUACAUCGAGGAUAAUGUCCAGCCGUAUGGGGUGAUCAAAACCUUGUAUGAUGAUGAUGUGUUGACCCAUAUGGACUUUACUCAAUUCUCCAGAACUGAGGGUCAAGGAGACAGGGCAGUGACAAGGUUGCUGGUCAAGACACUUCAGAGGCGUGGAAAUAAGGCGUACCCAGCGUUUGUUGGCGCCCUUAAGACCCACGACUACCAGGAUGUCUCUGACAGGCUGGAAGAAACAGAGAGGGCUAUACGGCAGGGCAUGAUGGAUGAUGCGGUCGGCAGGUCAACAACCGCUGGUUCGUUUAACUUCAAGCCAACGCCGCCGCCGCCACGCAAGACGACCCCCGUCAUAUUGCUUCACUCUCCACCACCCAGCGUACCAGGAGACGGUGAGAACAGCACUCUAGCCUACUACCGCCAGCUGGCCGCCCAGCCCACCCCGCCGCCUCAGGAGAAGUCGGAGAUGCUGGUCAUCGACUCCAAAGACCUCGAGAAGCACCUGAGAGAGCUGAGCAGGGAACUGCAAGAGAUACAGAGUGAUGUGAACUCCCUUAGGAAGCCUCAAGAGGCUCCAGACAAAACUGCGCCCAGAGUUUCCACUAAACAGCCAACACCGGAAGUCCAGUUUACCAAAGAUCAACCACAAGUUCGUCCGCAGAAAAGCCGCGCAUGCGCCAUAAUAUAAAGAAACCUGUGA